AUGAGAGCGGCGGGGUCUGGGCUCGGAUCGAGAGUUGGGUUGUUCAAUCUGCGCGUGAGGACACAACAAGCAGCUCCGAGCGCACCGGAGGGACGGACGGAUGGAUACUGGCGAUGACUCUUUCCAUUUGUGGCGGUGGUGACAAGUUCUCCACAUAUGUUGUGAUGUGUUCGCCCAGAGCCGGUCAAGGAAACGACUUUUCCAAAUGAGUUGCUGCUCGGCUCCGGGACGCGCGUCCUAUCACUGAGGCCACAUGUGCAUCUGGAGAGAUGGAUCGUUGUAAGCACGUAGGACGCCUGCGUCUGGGCCAGGACCACUCCAUCCUCAACCCGCAGAAAUGGCACUGUGUGGACUGCAGCACGACCGAUUCAGUGUGGGCCUGCCUCAAGUGCUCCCACGUGGCCUGUGGACGUUUCAUGGAGGAGCACUCGCUCAAACACUUUCAGGAGUCGCAACACCCACUGGCUAUGGAGGUGCGUGAGCUGGACGUCUUCUGCUUCGCCUGUGGAGACUAUGUACUAAAUGAUAACGCCGAGGGAGACCUUAAACUCCUCAGAGGGGCGCUCUCUACCGUGCGGAGCCCCGGCAGUCGUUCACUGCGCUCCUCCACCGGGGGGGAUUGUAUCCCCUGGGUCGGGGAAAGCGGACAGCAGCCCGCCAUGCAGCUGGCCUUACGCCACAGGAGGAAAGCCCUGCUCGGAAAGAUGCUUCAGAUGUGGAUCAGCAAACAUCAGGAGCUUCAGAAUCAGCGUCAGGAGAAGCUGGAGGAAGCCAGAAGGCAAAAGAAAGAAGUGAAAAGGAGACUGAUGGAAGAGCUGGGCAACGUUCCUCCCAGAAAGAGUGCUCGGCUUCUUACUCAGGCGCCACGCUCGACCAUCACGCUCAUUCCUCGCAAAUUCCGCGACCCUCCAGAACGCCUACCUCCUCCUGCCAUCCCCAAGAAGCCUUCCAUCCUCACCAUAUCCCGCAAAGCUCCUCAGAACGGCAGGGCCGCCAAACCGAGGAGGUACUACUCCACGCACGCCGUCACGCGGCGGAGGCCCGCUCCGGGAGUCACCGGUCUGCGCAACCUGGGGAACACGUGCUACAUGAACUCUAUAUUACAGGUGCUGAGUCACCUGCAGAAAUUCAGGGAGUGUUUUCUCACUUUGGACCUGUGUGAGACCGAGGAGCUGCUGGCCAAGACGAACCACUCCCAGGGGAUCAAGGGGGUGGCGGGAGGGGUGGUCAGCAGCGGGUCCACGGCGCUGUCGGGGUGCCCUCUGGGACGCAUGGGGAAGGCGGGCUGUUGGAAUUUGCCGGUGGGCAAAAAAGAAAGCGUGCAGCAGCCCUCCCCGCAGGCCGCGGAGUUGGUCCAACCCAAGGAGCCUCGGUGCUCCACCCGCCAGCAGAUGUCUCUGUGCCACGAGUUACACACACUUUUCAGGGUCAUGUGGUCGGGCCGCUGGUCUCUGGUGUCCCCCUUCGCCAUGCUGCACUCGGUGUGGAACCUCAUCCCGGCCUUCCGCGGGUACGACCAGCAGGACGCGCAGGAGUUCCUGUGCGAGCUGCUGGACAAGGUGCAGCAGGAGCUGGACACCGAGGGCUCCAAGCGGCGGAUAGUCAUCCCCAUCACCAAGAGGAAACUGUCCAAGCAAGUGCUAAAGGUUCUCAACACCAUCUUUCACGGGCAGCUACUCAGCCAGGUGACGUGUCUGUCCUGUAAGCACAAGUCCAACACAGUAGAGCCAUUCUGGGAUUUGUCUUUGGAGUUUCCAGAGCGAUAUCACAGCAUCGACAAAAGCUCAGGCUCCACAGUGUACCAGCGGAGCUGCACCCUCACCGAGAUGCUGUCCAAGUUUACAGAGAUGGAGGCGCUUGAAGGCAGCAUCUACGCCUGCAACCACUGCAACAAAAGAAGACGAAAAUCCUCCCACAAACCCUUAGUUCUGUCAGAAGCAUGUAAGCAGCUUCUGAUCUACCGUUUACCUCAGGUUCUACGGCUGCACCUCAAACGCUUCAGAUGGUCGGGGAGGAACCACAGAGAGAAAAUCGGCGUCCACGUGGCCUUCGACCAGGUUCUGAACAUCAAACCGUACUGCUGCACAGGCUCAGGUCACUCUGUCCACAGAGGGGGCUACACCUACGAUCUCUCCGCUGUCGUCAUGCACCACGGGAAAGGCUUCGGCUCAGGGCACUACACCGCAUACUGCUACAACACCGAGGGAGGUUUCUGGGUCCACUGCAAUGACUCCGAGAUGAAGGUCUGCAGUGUGGAGGAAGUGUGCAACACUCAGGCCUAUAUUCUCUUCUAUACCCAGAGGUCCGCCUAGGGCGCCUCUCGCUGUGACGUUGACCUGUGCUCGGCAACUUAGGGCUGCAUUUAUGAAAACGUUCCCUCCCGUGUUUUCCCAGGUGUCAUUUAAAUGAUCACUUUGACAUGAUUCGCUAAAAAAAGACAGCAAUGGGGGCAGUGGGACAGCCGCAGUCAUGAGUCAAGGUGGACAUUUUCGCAGCAUAAUCCAGGCGAGAAUGAUUACGACAGGCUUUGGUUGAAGGAAAACAUGAAUAAUCAAUAAAUACAUUUGGAUUUUGUUUGAUUUGGACUGCGAAGGAGUCUAAACCUUUUCAUAAAUGAGGCCUUGGGUUUCCCAGCAACAUUGGUUUUAUGGCCUGAAGACUGUGGGUGCAGGUCCGGUUCUGUCCUGCUGAACACCGAUCUGUGCGUCCGUGUCUGCUGAAACCUGGAAACAGCCAGGCGCUCUCCCGAGGCAGCGUUUCGCAUCGGAAGGCAACGCGGAUUCUGUGGCAGUCAGUCAAUAACCUGCAUUUCAUAUGAACAUUCAGUCCUGGUGCUCAAGACACCUUGUGAUAAGACUGAAGUCCACAAUCCGUGUUACCUCCUGUUCAGCUUUUUGAUUAUUGUGGAAAUGUCGGUUCUGAAAAGGAAAUACUCCUCCCUGUGUCAUUUGUACUUCAUGAUGUCCUCUCCUCAGAUUACUGCUGUGACUGGAUACUGUGUCUUAGGCUCAAGGCUCUCAGUGAACAUGAAUAGUUUCUGUUUUUUUUUUUGUUUUUUUUUUAGUUUUUGUAGCCAUUCUGUUUCGGUUCCCAGAAAAAAGGCAGCAAAAUGUCCCCAAGUUUCAGACACGAGUGGCGACGAGUGUCGGUAAGCCGCACCUUUCCGGAGGGUCUUUCUCUGCUGGUCCUGUGUCUGACCCCUGUAAGUCUUUUGAGACGGCAGCUCCUCCUGUGGUCAGAAUGGUCUGAGACACUGUACCUCCGCUUCACCCGCGGGAGAGGAGAGAACGAGCGAAACGGCAGACGGACCGAGAUACUGAAGAAUGUGUAUUUGGGGAGACUUGAUUUACCCAUUUUGAGUUAAGCACCUGAAAGCAAUAUAUUGUACAUCUUGCAUCUUUGACAGGAAAUUAAAUCAGGAAUUCUUCUGCUUGUUGUACAAUGUUUUUUUUUCUUCUUGUUUUUUGUUUUUUUUUCUACUCUGCUGUUUCUAUCAAGGUCUUUAGAAUUUCUAGGUCAGCAAGGAAAAAAUCUGUUGUGUUUGAUACGAGUCAAAUGCAAAAUACAUUUGUGAACUCUGUGAAAGUUGGAACAAUCUAAUGACGAUGAAUGUCUUACUUUUUAGUGGUCAGAAGUGGCCAUGCCACUGGAUCUGAUUACCCUUGAGUUCUGUCUUGUACUGUAAGAAAACCUGUCAUACAUGUAAUGGUCUUAUGGGUUCUGCCUGACAGUAAUUAUUAAAAAAAUAAAUAAAA